CAUCUCUCUGACAGCAUUAUGAAGGAACAACACCGGUGUCCCCUUUACACUUCCUUUCAGAGGCUGCUGUUACUCCUAGUGUCGCUGUGUCUCUCCCCCUCCUGCUCUGGGAGGACCUGGGCUCAGAGGAAACUACCCUGUGAUGUCAUCUCUCUCAACCAUUCACUGGCCUACGACUGCUCGUGCAGGAAGCUACUCCAGGUACCCCACGAUAUCAGCUGGAAUGCCACAGAGCUCGACCUGUCCUCCAACCAAAUCAAGACACUCUCCAGCUCCUCGUUCUGGAACCUCCAGAAUCUGACUCUGCUAGACCUUAGCUAUAACUUCAACCCCCAGGAACAUCCAUUGAAGAUAGAGGACCAAACAUUCUCCAUGCUGGAUCAGCUGGAGGCACUGCUCCUUGACGGUAAUGGCCUUUGCACAGUGCCGAGGGGCCUUCCUUCUGGGUUGCAGAUUUUGUUUCUGAGGUACAAUGACAUCAGGACUGUAACACCGGAAGACUUCAGGGAUAUUCUACGAAUUAAAGUCAUCCAUUUAAGUGACAACUGCCAAGGGAGUGUCUGUAGUGGGACCCUGGAUAUUGCAAACCACACUUUUUCCAGCCUCACUAACCUGACAAACCUGACACUGUCUUUUAACAGACUGAAAGUAAUCCCUAAUUUUCUCCCCGCAUCCCUCCAGCUGCUCAAACUCGAACGGAACCUAAUCACCCACAUUCAACAGCAUGACCUGAGUGCACUCACUAAUCUGAGCGCUCUAGACCUUUCGGGUAACUGUCCUGUGUGUUCUAACACCCCGUUCCUCUGCGUUCCCUGUAAUACACCCAACGGGGCACUACAGAUCCACCCAGAUGCCUUCAGGAGCCUCUCCCAGCUGCAGGAGCUGAGCCUAUCAGGAAACUCCCUAGAGCACCUACAAACAUCCUGGUUUGAGAACCUCACCAACUUACACUACCUGUACCUCUCAUUUAAUCGUCUGGUUGGGGAGAUAGCCAAUGGGGACUUCCUCUCUGUGCUACCUUUCGUAGAAGUGAUGGACUUGUCUUACAAUAAUGCUGGACAAAAUUCCCACAACUUGACCCUCUCAAAGAAUUUUUCCAAACUGGCAUCUCUGAAGACAUUACACCUAGAAAACUAUGUUUUUUCAGCUCUUUACAAAAAUCACUUGGAACCACUUUACUGUUUAGCUAAUCUGUCUGUCCUCAAUUUGGGAACCAACUUCAUCUAUUGGACAGACCUUUCACUUUUUGAAAAGUUCCACAAUUUAUCCAGUGUUGGCCUCUCAGAGAACAGUCUGACUUUCCUGUCCAAGAGGGUAGAUGCCUUGUUUGUGAAUGGGUAUGGCUGGGGCUAUGAGCCAGAUAUAGACAGGUACGGGCCUUUCAUACACAAGGAUAAAUUCUACCGUCGCCAUUUGCCUAACAUUAAACCAGAGUGUCUUGCGUACGGUCCAGUGCUCGACCUCAGCAAAAACAACAUCUUCCACAUAAACCCUGAUAUGCUGCAGGGCCUGAACAACACAGCUUGUCUCAACCUGUCAUCUAACUUCAUUGGAGACAUGUUCAACGGCAGUGAGUUUGUACAUUUCUCCAAGCUGAAGUACUUGGAUCUAUCCCAGAAUAAAGUCUACCUGCGCUAUGAGCAUGCAUUCAGUGAACUGACAGCACUGGAGGUGUUGGACUUGAGUUAUAAUAAACAUUACUUUCUGGUGGCAGGGCUAAACCACAGUUUAGCGUUCCUAGAACACCUGGAAUCUCUGAAGGUUCUGAACUUGAGCUGGAAUGAGAUCAGCACCCUCACUGAUAAAAUCAUGUCAAGCAGCUCCCUGCAAGAAUUGAACUUCCAGGGCAACCGCCUGGACAUCAUGUGGAACGAGGGUCAGGACUUUAAUCAUCUUUUCAGAGAACUUAAUAACCUGACGUCCCUGGAUCUGUCAUACAACCAGCUCCGCCACAUCCCAUCUGAGGUAUACCACAACUUCCCCAAGGCCCUGAGACACUUGACUCUGAGUAAAAACGGACUUGAGGACUUUAACUGGACGAUGCUCACACAACUGCCACAUCUGGAGGAGCUGGACUUGAGUAAGAACCACCUGGAGCAGGUGGCCUUAACCGUCUCCACUCUUAACAGUUCACUGAGGCUGCUGGACCUGAGCCAUAACAGGAUUUCCCAGCUAGCGCCUGGUUUCCUCAGCGGCGCCAGGAGCCUGUAUGUGCUGAACCUCAGCUUCAACCUGCUGGAGCUCAUCAACCAGACAACGUUUGAAACAGGAGCUGAGAACCACCUCCAGCAGCUGUCACUACAGGGGAACCCGAUCCACUGCACCUGUGACUUGCUGGAGUUCCAACUGUGGAUGAGGAGCAAUGAGGUGGAGAUCCCUCUGCUGGCCAGCGGGGUGACGUGUGACAUGCCCAUGGAGAGGAAGGGCAGGUCUGUGCUGAGUUACGACAUAGAGGAAUGCGUGAAGGAUGACAACGCAAUGGCCUUUUGCAUCCUCACGUUGUUACUCGUUGUUCACGUUCUGUUGGUAUCUCUCACAGCACACCUCUUUUACUGGGACCUGUCCUAUAUCCUUGACUACUGUGGGGCCAAGCUGAAGCACCAAUGUCUCUUACAGCACACAGCCUGUGUCUACGAUGCCUUCGUCAUGUAUGACACCACAGACCCGCUGGCCUCUGAUUGGGUGUUGAACCACCUUAGGGUGGAACUAGAGGAGCGCGGAGAGAGGGUUCGCCCACUCUGCCUGGAGGAGCGUGAUUGGAUGCCAGGGGUGCCUAUCAUGGAUAACCUUUCCAAUAGCGUGCGACAGAGCAGGAAAACGGUGUUUGUGCUGACAGAGGGCUUCCUGUCGCGUGGUGUGGUUAAAAUGGCCGCCCUGCUGGUGCAGCAGCGGCUGGUGGAGGAGGGUGUGGAUGCCAUGGUGUUGCUGCUGCUGCAGCCCCAGGUUCUGCGACGCUCACGCAUCCUCCACCUGCGCAGACGGCUCUGCAGGCGCAGUGUUCUGGAGUGGCCAGCAACUGCCUGUCCGGCUGCCCAGCGCUGGUUCUGGCACAACCUGAAGAGAGCCAUACGGAAAGAUCAGCGAGCCACACACGCAUCACUACACGGCACAUACUUCACUGGGCGGUGAACUCAAGGACAUGAAAGGAACUGACCAAAAACAGGAAACCGAUCAAAAACAUGGCUGAGUUUACUUACCCUCAGCUUAAAGGUCUCCAAUUCCUACUCUGCAGUGUUCUAGAAUCAGUUCCUAGAGACAUGACUGUGUAGUUCCCCUUCACACACACACACACACACACAGACUUGCACACACACACACACACGCACACACACCUACACAAUAUAGCCUAUUGUAGCGGCUGCAUGGUUUUCUGUACAAUCCAUAAUAGAAUAUUAGGCCUUGAUUUCUGUUUCUCCUGUGAAGGAUUAUAUUAUCAAUGCUCACAUUAGCUUCUCUGUGAAAAUGCCUGCCUCAUCUACAGUACAAUAUAGUAAAUAAUGUGACUCUGUUUACUGUUGAUGUACGUGACCUCAUCUAUACCUGGUAAGAAAACAGUAUUAUGAUCCUAUUUUGGCUACAUUCAGAUGUUUUUGACAGGUGUAAACCAGUCUACCGAUACGUUAAUAAACUUAGUUACAAUGGUUUCCUAUGGGAGGACAAUCUUACUGAUCUCAACCACUGGGUGGCAGAGUAACUCCUGAUUCAUUUGUUCAGGACUGGCAUGAUGUACACACCACUAGUUCCAUAUCAGUGGCUUCUCCUACAGUAUCACCCGACUCUGGAAGGCAGUGUUCUCCAUCCCUGGUCCUAGAGACCCACAGGGUGUGCAGGCUUGAGCGAGUCAUACUUUACAAAGUGUAUCAAUAUCAGAAUGAUUUAUUAUCACCAAAAGAAAAGACCUGUGCCAUUCACUUUGAACUGGACUGUGUUUACAGUCGCGGUACUGAGUAGAUACGCUUGUUUUGAGAGCUGUGUGUAGCCACGGGUGCUCAUGUGUUCAUAUCCUUUGCUAGUUAGUGAGUUAUAAAGCCAGUUAUAGAUCAUUUGUUGCCAGCAAUGGGGGGAGGGAUUAUUUCCUACAAGAUCACAAAACGUGUACAUUUCUAGACAUAAAGACAGGCUUGAAUAAGCUAAGUAGCCAAUAGGCAGAGGGUAGCAUCAUUUGUCUGAUUCUCUGUGAUAAUGACAUGGGAAUAAUAACACCAUUUAUUUUGUAAAGUGGUUUCUUGCCUCAAACAACACAACAACAUUUUCUGAUUAAUGAAGGAUUUUAAAAAAAAACGUGUCUGGACCAAAGAAACAGAAGUUCUACAAGACGACUCACUGCUCUCUGUACGUUAAAACAAACCUGCAGAAAUGCAGAUGGCGCAGACAGACAUGGCAGCUCUGCUUCUAACUCCUAAGCAACUUUGCAAUAAUGUUAGAAUUUUUUUUGUGUGUUAUACAAGCAUUUCGCUACACCCGCAAUAACAUCUGCUAAAUAUGUGUAUGCGACCAAUAUUUUGGGGAUUUGAUUUGACAAGCAUACACAGUACACACGUAUAUGAUCUUUGAUAUAAAUACAUACUCUUCGUUAUACACAUACAGAAGACACAUACACAUACAUUUGUAUAUAUCUCUGUAGAAAUCUUUACUUAAAAACCUUGUUAUUAUAACUGGCAACAUAGUCCUGGAGGCUAGUGUGUCCCUGUGCUGAUCUUGUACAGGUAUCCAGGUGUCCAGGUAUCCAGGUAUCCAGGUGUCCAGGUAUCCAGGUAUCCAGGUGUCCAGGUAUCCAGGUGUCCAGGUAUCCAGGUGUCCAGUCGGAGGAAAGAACACACGUCUCCAGAAGGGAAUCUUUCUAUUUUAACAAUCCAGACUGUGUUAUGUUAUACCAUCACCUACUUUAGGUCUAUGGCCCCUGACAGUGCCUUGUGUCAAUUUAGAACGGUUGACUAAAUCAGGCAGUGGUUCCCAAUUCUCUCCUUAGGGACCCCCAGCUGUUCCAGAGGUAAUUCACUUGAUUCAAUUUGCCAAUCAACAAAAUAACACUGUGGAAUUUUAACAAUAUAAUAUGACUGACAAGAAAAAAAAUUUGAAACCCUGAGAAAUGUUCUUUAUAGAACCAUUCUCUGCAAAGGUUAUAUAAAGAACCAUUAAAAAAGGGUACUAUAUAACCCCAAAAAAGGUUGUAACCAUAGCGGAACCCUUUUUGGUGCUGUAUAUAACCUUUUUAAAUGGUUCUUUAUACAAUAGAACCUUAGGUUUCUUUAUAGCACCAUACAGGUUCCAUUUAGAACCUUAUGAGCAUGGUUCUUUAUUGAACCUUCAAAAAGGGUGCUAUAUAGGACCAAAACGGGUUCCGCUGUGUUUACAACCCAAGAACCCCUAUCUGGUACUAUUUAGAACACAUUUUGUUGUGUGUAUAACUAGGUUUCCAUUCAAUUGGCAACAUAUUUUCAUGUGAAUAUAAAAAAAGACACGAUCUUCAGUUUCUUGGCAAUUUCUCGCAUGGAAUAGCCUUCAUUUCUCAGAACAAGAGAAGACUGAAAAGACUUUCAGAAGAAAGUUCUUUGUUUCUGGCCAUUUUGAGCCUGUAAUCGAACCCACAAAUGCUGAUGCUCCAGAUACACAACUCUUCUAAAGAAGACCCGUUUUAUAGCUUUUAAGAACAACAGUUUUCAGCUGUGCUAACACAAUUGCAGAAAUGUUUUCUAAUGAUCAAUUAUCCUUUUAAAAUGCUAAACAUUAGCGAACACAACGUGCCAUUGGAAAACAGUACUGAUGGUUGCUUAUAAUGGGCCUCUGUACGCCUAUGUAGAUAUUCCAUAAGAAAUCUGCCAUUUCCGGCUACAAUAGUAAUUUACAACAUUAACAAGGACAUUUCUAAGUGACCCCAAACUUUUGAAUGGUAGUGUACAUAUGAGAUGAAUAAUGUAAUAUAUGCAAACAUUAUUAAAGUGGCAUUAUUUAAA